UUCAAGUGCCAGUGAAGGAGUCGGAGUUUGUCCUUGGAAGCAAAAGUCGGGGUCCAUAAAGUCCAAAAGACGUCAAUAAGCGCGGGAGACUUCUUCCUGCUUCCUCCAUGUUGACGUAAUGUUGCGUGUCACACUUUACUGCCGCGACUGACACACGUGCAGCCAGCACAACCACAGUCCAGAGGAAAGUCGGCUAAACGCGGGUCUGGAGGACACCAUGGCGGAGAUUCAGCCGCCCAGUUCUGGUCCUCAGCACGGCGGCACGACCUUGAAGAGAGAAGAGUACCUGGAGUGGCCAGAGUACUUCAUGGCUGUAGCCUUUCUGUCAGCGCAAAGGAGCAAAGACCCAAGCUCACAGGUGGGGGCCUGUAUAGUGAAUGACGAGAAUAAGAUAGUUGGCAUUGGUUACAAUGGUAUGCCCAACGGCUGUGAUGAUGACCUCCUACCGUGGUCCCGGUCUGCAAACGACUGGCUUGAUACGAAAUACCCUUAUGUGUGCCAUGCAGAGCUGAAUGCUAUUAUGAACAAGAACAGUGCUGAUGUGAAAGGCUGCACGAUAUAUGUGGCUUUGUUCCCCUGUAACGAGUGUGCCAAGCUCAUCAUCCAGGCAGGUAUUAAGAAAGUGGUAUAUCUUUCGGAUAAGUACCAUGACACGCCGCAGAUGGUUGCCUCAAGAAGGCUGCUCACCAUGGCAGACAUACAAUGCAUGCAAUUCAAGCCCAAGAGGACUGAGAUUGUCAUCAAUUUUAAUUCUAUUAACCACUCUGGAAUGCUGAACGGCUCGACCAAGUGAAAAUGCACAUGGCUUACCUAUGGGAGCUGGUGAAUGAGGCGGGGAAGCAGAGGAAGACCAGUGAGAUUGAAAGAGACCUUGAUGCCUCUUUUCUUCUGCUUUGUCCAAAGGAAAACUCAAACAUUCCUCUUCUUUGGCGUCUUUUGAUAUUUGAUUAGCUGGAUAUUCAAGGCACUUUGUGGCUGACUGUGGCAGAAGGUCUUAAACGCUGCUUUCAGUUUUUGUUUUCUUUUAAAACUCCUUUUGGUUUUAGGAAGACACAAGAACUCUGAACACACAAACACACAAAUCCUUUGGGUUGUGAAUCAGAUCAUCUCAUGGCUGUCUGCACGGGGAAACCUGAAAUCUGUUUUUUCCUCCUUCAAACAAGGUUCCGCAAUGAUAUUCAGCUUAUUUGACCUUUCACUUUCACAGUGGAAACUGUCCAGUAAAUCAGUGUUACCGUCUGCCCCUGAGCAUCUGUGUUAACAGCUGGAGUUUCGGGGGUACGAGCUGCGUGAACAUUAAUAUUUCAUGAGUACACUGUAGAGAAUGACCAGACUUUCUGAUCAUCCAACCAUGAUACAAAUAUCACUUUUACUGGACAUGUUUGUUGGUUUGUCGGUUUGUUUUUUAAAAUCUUUUUAGGUUGAUUGGUUGUACACAACUGAAUCUCAUCAAGGCUGCUUUGUCUGUCACUGCCUUACUUGCUUCUAAUUUGCAUUAAGUUGGCACAGUUUGAAAUUUUUGCGAUAAGGUUCAUCAAACCUGUUUGCAUAAAGCAGCCACUGUUACAAUGUAGCCUUAUAUUUACAGACUAUGUAUAUUACAAUGUGCAUAUUGUUUUUUUUUAAUAUAUUCCCUGUAGGGGAUAUGGAUCUUAGUUUUAAUUGUGUCCUCUUGUCCUCAGAGUUUCUGUAACUGUAAUGUGUUAUUGUAAAAAGUCUUUCACAUGCCAGCAGAUUCUCUUCUAAUAAGUAUAUCACAAGUCUUUUUGUUUUAGACUUCCUUCAUGGUGACAAAAGGCUUUUAAACACAUGUUCAUUUACUACUCUGUUAUUAUAGACUAACUGCCAUUAAGCUGACAACAGUUUAUCAUUUUCCUGUUUACUGUCUAAUAUGCUCUUAUGACAAAUAUGAAAGCUGCUCGUUUGUUUGUAACAUACUAUGUGUUGACUCUGGUAUGUGCAUAUGUGCUUUCACAGAGGUGACAGGAAAACAUUUCCAUUGCUGUGUCUUUAUACCAUCAUUCCUCAAUAAAACUUUGGGACU